CCCUCAACACGAACACCCUCACUCAGAACCUCAGCCUGGAACCUUCCACCUCACAUCAAACCACCUUUAUUCCAAACUACAAUCACCUACCACACCCGAUAAUCAGAAACCAGGGCCAUCCUCAAAAUGGAUACACUCAAAGCAGAAAUCGAACUCAAGAGAAAAAGUAGUAAUAACCCAGAGAACACAGAGGGACAACAACCGACGAAGAAGAAAUACAUGCGCAAGGGUGACUUAGCUAAACUAGAAGCAGAACGACAACUCGAGGAGAAGAAAAAGAAGCUCGAAGCUGAGAAGCUUGCAUCCGAUGAAUUAAAGCAAAAGAAAAUGACAGACAGUCUCAAGAAAGAUUCACUCAAUUCGAAACAAGCCAACAGUGGUAGUGCGACACCGAACCCACAAACCGAAGCAGAAAACGAAAACCAACCAGAACUGUUCAACAUCUCGAACGAAGAAGCGGUACGAAGAUUGCGGAACAAGGGACAGCCGAUCCGACUAUUUGGGGAGAGCGACAAGGAACGUAGACUGCGGUUGAGAGCGCUUCAGUUGAUCGAAGAGAGGACGGAAGGCGGGCGGAACGAAUUGAUGCAAGCCUUGGAAGGUGUCGAGGGAAAGAUGGACUUGGAAGUGUUACCUAAACACACCAAAGAUUCUUCGAAGACCAAUCAUUCUAAAUCCGCCGGUCUGGGUGGGGCUGGUGGUGACCUUGAAGGCUCGGGUAACGACUCCGAUGGCGACUUAGCUGCAACUCAGGAUGGCGAGGUCACCGUAGAUCUUAAUUUAAUCAAAACCGAGCCACGUAAAAUCUACCCUCAAAUUUAUUUCGCCCUUAAGCGCGUCUUGAAAGAAUGGGAACAAUCAAUGGCUGAACGCCCAGAUCACAUACGUCGCAGUGCCCAAGGAAAACUAGUCGCAGCCACUCAGAAACAAUCAGCAGAAUAUCUGAAGCCACUAUUCAAAUCUCUGAGGAAAAGGGAACUCGCGCCUGAUGUGUUACAAGCCGUGGCAGAGAUAGUCCAUCACAUGCAAACCCGGGAAUACAUCCGAGCCAACGACGCUUAUCUGAGACUGUCGAUUGGAAAUGCUCCCUGGCCGAUCGGAGUGACCAUGGUGGGCAUCCACGAACGUAGUGGUCGGGAAAAGAUCUUCAGUAAUAACGUCGCUCAUGUCUUGAACGAUGAAGUUAGUCGGAAAUACAUCCAAAGCUUGAAAAGAAUCUUGACUUUCGCUCAAACUAAACGCCCACCAGAUGACCUCGCAAGAAAGAUGGGCUAGUUGAAAUGGGAUGAUGUGGAUUGUUGAAUAUGCAUUUUUUUUUCAACCAGUUUCGAUUUACUCUUUUCUUUUCUCUGGACUAUUGUGUUCAUGUUUAUAAUGCUCAUCUCAUGUAAAAAAAGCAAUCAUUCAAGUCCUUAAAGAGAACAAGUCCAGGUUGUACUGUAACAUACUUCUUCCAGACACCAAUUAAGACCUAUGAGUGGACUGGUAAAGGCAAACUUCCUGGAUCCCAUGUUUGAAAA